AUGGAUAAGUCUGCGAUAGCAGGAGAGCUGCACAAGCCAGCUCAUAGGAACUUUCCUAUAAGGAAAGUCACUGUGAAAGGCCUUGAUGAUCUGUAUCAGGCUGACCUUGUUGAGAUGUUGCCAUAUGCAAGACAAAACAAAGGUUAUAGAUACAUAAUUACUAUUAUCAAUUGUCUUAGUAAGUUUGCCUUUGCUAUACCAAUUAAAAGCAAGUCAGCCAAUGAUGUGGUCAAGGCGAUGCAGCCUAUAUUUGAAAAACAUCUAAUGAAAAAUCUACAGACCGAUGAUGGUGAAGAGUGUUUCAAUACAAAAUCCCAACAACUUGUGCAACAGUAUGGUAUCAAUCAUUAUUCUACCUUUUCCAAUAAAAAGGCAUCAAUAGUAGAGCGUUUCAAUAGAACACUUGAACAUCUUAUGUGGACAGAGUUCACUGAACAAGGAACCUACCGUUGGACAGACAUUCUAACCUCACUUGUUGCAGAGUACAAUAGACGAGUCCAUAGAACAAUAGGUAUGCCACCAGCUGAUGUGCAGAAGAAGCAUGAGAAAGUGCUACUCGACCAACUCGGUAAACAGCAUCAAGCCUAUCGAGAAGAGUUGCAGAAGAAGAAUGCAGAGUGA